CGUUCGACCCGCAAACUACUCGUACACGACACGACAGCCGAACAGAGCCUUCGAUAACACAAGUGUGACAACUUGACGACUCCCGAUACCUCGAUAGCUGACAGUGAUCAUGCAAGUGCUCACCACGGUACUGUUCGCGUGCGUGCUCGCGGCCGUGCGCGCCGUCAUCCGGACCCCGCUCGAAGCGUUCCGGCCUUCCGGAGAGAUCCACAUCCGAAGGCCGGACAAGCUGCCACUUCUCCCGCACAGACGCUCCAACACGCCCAAAAGUGGACUCAAGGUCCUAUACCAAACUGGAGUAUCAGAGGAGGACUUGCCAGAUUGCAGGGCGAGGCAGGUGUGCAGUAAGGUGGACCUUUACGACUCCACGCAGCCCUGGAUAGAGAGGAAGUGUCGUUGUUUGGGACAUAGGCCUUGUUCUAGUGAUCUAGCGGACGACGACAACCACACGCUAGCGGACAAAACGACGCUGUACAAAACCUGCGAACCCGUGAAGAGGUUACCCAAAUGCCGCUACUUCAAGGACGCGGCAUGGAUCAUCUACUCCUUCCCCGAUAGCAACGCGACGCAGCAGAUCGUCAACUGCCACUGCCCCAAGCAAUCCGUCACGUAUUUGCUGAGGAAGUUACCGUACACGACACCUAGCGGCGAACCAGGCAACCAGUACCAGUUCGGGUGCUCGCCGCAAAGCAGGUUACGGUGUUCCCGAAAAGAACCAUGCAAGCUUUUCAGCGCCAGGCGUCGUCACGAGCAAAUAGACGAGGUGAACGCUAGCACCAUCUGCCAAUGCCCAAGGGACCACACCUGCCCUAAGCACCAUACAGAACCAGGAGUACUACCAGGGGUCACCUAUGUAGCUGAGGACAUCCGUACGUACCACGGCUACUGCAUGCCCGAACCUCCACCCGAAACCUACAGAUUUGUAGGCGAUAAAGACUGAGACUUCAAAGAAUUUACCCUAUUAUGUGAUCGCUUCAAUUGUACCCAGAGUGUACAGGCGGCUUUCGAAGAUUAGGCAGCUUUUAUGAUUUGCUCAUUAGACAUUACCUGUUUAGUACAAAAAUUAAUAAUUAUAUUAGGACUUCCAAAAUAAACUAUGUAAUUCAUCCUUUAAAGGCUUAAACAACGACAACUGCGCGGCAGGAUGUCAUACCGAAUGCGCGCGUACGAGUAUGUACGCGUGUACGAUUUGUAAUACAAGGAACUGUAUAAAUAGCACGCCACAUUGCAGCACUCUGCUACUAGAUGUGUUACGCAGUGUGAUUGCCUUCACACAUUUUCUUGUAAUACAGUGUGCUUAGUAUGAGAUUUUAUAGCUCAGAGGCUCACCAACGUAAAUAGAAUUUGAGCAUCGAAACUUUAGAGCCACAGUACAAUAGAUUUUAAAUGCCUUGUUUUAACAUUCAAGCUUAUCCAUACUCCAAAUGGAUUGUCAAAUUAAAAUUGGUGGUACGACGUAAAAUCUCAUACUAAGCAGACAACUUCUUACUAUUAGUCGAACACGUUUCGUCGCGCAUUGCGUGUUUUUCAGGCUUAAUAUAGUGCAACCAAGUCGCGAGCUAGACUGUGGAAAAAUAUUUUUAAGUAGGAUUUUGAGGUACUGAGUGAUAGUGUUUUUUUUAUGUAGAAUCAACGCUUUUAAUUUGUGAUUCGUUUUUUGAUUCGUUUUGUAUUAUGACAUAGACUUUUUUUUACUUUUAUACCAAUCCAAGCUGCAUUUGACAAAGUUGAUAUACGAAUAAAAAGCGUUGAAGUUAAUUACUUGUAUAUAUUUUGCAAUGUAACGCUUGCUAAUGCCCUGGUUUUCUAGGAUAGCGGUUGCUUUAUGCCGGCAUCUACAUCUGAGAGGUAGUAUCUUGACAGUCGCUUCACGGUGUCAAAAAUAGCUCUUUGACAGCCAAAUUAAUAAUUAUUAAUAAAUUAACCAAUCCAUAGUCUGUCGGUGAAUUACUUAGCAACGUUGUUAUUUGUCAAAAAAUGUGGGAUCUUUCAUGACAAAUAACAACGUUGGUAAGUAAUUCAGCGAGAGAUUACAGAUAGAUCGAAUUUGUCAGAAACCACGCAAAAUGUUUCUAUUAAACCAUUUUGUUUUAAUAGAAACAUUUCGGAAGAGAUCAUUCGAUGCUAUAUUAUUAAGACGUCUAUUAGACGAUAGGAUCUGCAUCAGCUGUUAAUAUUAACUUAAUCAUAACUGAGGGUUGAACAAAACUUCCAGAUAUUUGUCAUGCAAUUUCAUGCAAACAUUCGUAUGACGGCAGGUUAUCCGUCAGUCAUGGCAUGGACUGUGGCAAAACUGACAACAAAACAGCAGUUGGAACUGCAAAUAGAGCCUAAGGUUGCCUUUUCACUGAAACGGAACGGAGCGGAGCGGACAUGCAUUUGGCAGAUCAAUCAGAUUAUUCAUGAAAGACAUGUUAAUUUUAUUACGCCAUCAGUGUGUAAUCUAAUUGCUUUACUAAAUACAUUUCUGCUUUCACGUUCAAUAGACAGGCACCUUUAGUCGACAGCUAUGUAACGGUUCUGCUAUCCUAUAAAACUAGAGUUUAACAUAUUGUUUCUGUUAUAUUUGUAAAUAAUAAUAUUAGUGUUAAGUAUCAUUCCAAACGUUAGUUUAAAUUAUUAUAUUAUUUUUCAUAUUUUAAAUAUUUACUUGCCAUACUUGCGUAGUUGUUGCGUUUUUAUUUGUCAAAGUAUUUUUUUAAACGAAGCUUUUGUUCAGUAUGUCUUCCAUUCCAGUUAAGAGGGCAGUCAUAAUGUCAUUGUUUUGUUUUUAUUUAUGAUUGUGUAAUUGUUAUACGAUAAUGAAUUGGUCGGAAGCCAUAUACCUACCUAUAGAUAAAACUUAAAGUAUUUUAGGAUAAGUUAUUUUUGAAACCGUACUGCUUGCUUAUUUGAUUGAAGAAAACACGCUUUUUGCGAUUUGAUAAGUGUCGAUGCCAAUUUUUCUAGAAUACAGAUUAGACUAGAUAAGCAACUGAAGUAUUUUUUUUUUAUUAAUGGUGAGAUGAGUAGCAUCCCGACGAAUGUGGUGUAUGGCCUAAUUUACUAUACUUAAAAAAGUGGCUGUGACAUACGGCAGACAGACAGACAGACAUGACGAAUCUAUAAGGGUUCCGUUUUUUGCAAUUUGGCUACCGAACCCUAAAAAGGACUGACCGAAUGGCAAAGUUGAGAUUUUCCAUGUUCUGUAAGGUUUUCUCUACAAGCAGAUCCCCACCGAAGCAGGGGCGGGUCAUAUUAUAGUAAGUGAAUAAAUAAGAUCACUACAUACCCUAUUAUAAUGAAAAUGAAAAUGAAAAAAUAUUAAAAUCACCCGUCGUCGCACUUAAUUUGCGUUUUUACGGGUUAAUCCUAGAAAAUACUUCACGGAAUUUCAUACGGUUUUCACUAAUAAAUAGAGGCAUUAUUUAAGUAGAUUAUUAUGAAAGUAGACUAUAAUUUAUGGACAUUUUCCGAAAAUACUUUUUAUUUUAUUUUAUUCAGAUACAAGUUAGCCCUUGACUGCAAUCUCAUCUGCACUACUUAUGCUACCGGUAUGAUGAUAAAUUGUAGGUUAAUUAAGUCGGGAAAAAUCGUCACCCGUGCAAAACCGUGGCGGAUCACUAGUUGUCAAUAAAUCAUUUUAUGUUGAGAUAAUAAGUGUUGCUAGUUAGCUUAUUUAGUCGAUAUUUGUAUUCUUCUUGAUUACAAAGAUAAAAAUCUUAUCUGUAAGUAUGGAACUGAAUUUUGUUAGUAAGAUUUUACGUACGAAAAACUUACAGUACCUACUUACGAUCGUAUAGAGAAGCUUAAAGAAUGGCACAAGUCAUAUUAUCUGUACAUGUAUGUAAAUAUGAGAAAUGUUGAUGUUUGUAAAAUCAUACCGAUGUAACGUCUUCCUUAUUUGUUUCGUGUAUAGCUAUUACAUAAGUUAAAUUAUUGACAGAAAACGAAUAAAUGUUUCAAAAUUG